GUCACUAGUUUGUUUUGUCUCGAGCGAGUUACACAAAAUCUCACUCUCAACCUCAGCGCGUAACAACACGCACUUCACUAACUCUUAAUCCAACUGGAAUCUAUUUACAAAUUUACAAGUGGGUUUCCCGGCGAUUUUCUAAGUCCUUGGCUCUGGUUUUUUCUUUGAAGUAUUCUCUCCAAAACCAACGACCCUAAGAUUCUCUCUUUCUAAAACUCCUUCAAAUUUGGCUACCAAGAAAAACAAUGGAAGUAAUUGAAAGUCAAGCAGCUGUUUCGAAUUUCGAUCUCCAGUCAAAGUCUCCGUUUUAUAACAUUUCCUCCACCGACAUUACGAACGCCGGCUUACUUGGGGAAUCCGAAUUUGUAUCUGUGGAUAGUCCGAACCAAGCUAGCGAAUCGGAUUUCCCGACGGUGGUUAAUGGUGGUGGUUUGAAAAUGCUGCUGGAGCCGUUAUCCGACGGCCGAGAUUCUCCGGGUUCGAAUCAGACGCGCAGUGGCGGUUCUUCUCAUUCCAACGCCGCCGUUAAGGUCCAGAAGGUGUAUAGGAGUUACCGGACACGGCGUAGGUUAGCAGACUCCGCUGUUGUCGCUGAAGAACUCUGGUGGCUGGCUUUAAAUUAUGCAAGGCUUAAUCACAGCACAAUUUCCUUUUUUAAUUAUUUGAAACCAGAAACUGCUGCUUCAUGGUGGAAUCGCGUUGGCUUAAAUGCUUCUAAGGUCGGGAAAGGGUUGUCCAUAGACGCCAAAGCACAAAAAUUGGCUUUUCAACAUUGGAUUGAAGCUAUUGAUCCACGACACCGUUAUGGCCAUAACUUACAUAUUUACUACGAUGAAUGGUGCAAAACUGAUGCUGGUCAACCAUUUUUCUACUGGUUAGAUAUAGGUGAUGGCAAAGAUGUCGAUCUCGAAGAAUGUUCAAGAUCAAAGCUUCGAAAACAAUGCAUCAAGUAUCUCGGACCUCAAGAAAGGGAACAUUAUGAGUACAUUGUUGUUGAAGGAAAGAUUAUCCAUAAACAAACUAGAAAUGUCCUUGAUACAUUCCAAGGCUCGAAAGAAGUUAAAUGGAUAUUUGUUAUGAGCACCUCGAAGAAAUUGUAUGCCGGCGAGAAGAAGAAAGGAAUGUUCCAUCAUUCUAGCUUCUUAGCUGGUGGAGUAACGCUAGCUGCUGGUAGAUUGGUGGUGGAGAAAGGGAUACUAAAGUCCAUCUCUGCAUAUAGCGGACAUUACCGGCCAACGGAUGAUAGUCUCAACAGUUUUCUUUCCUUUCUGAAGGGGAACGGAGUGAACCUUGACAAAGUUGAGAUUCGCCGUUCAACCGAUGAUUCUGAUAGCUACGAUGAUGGAAAUUCCAGCAGUAGUGUUAGUACUUUUGGAUUUUCAGCAAGCUCAGUGCCGACUGAACCCAAAAUCAACAAAGAAGAGAAGAAUCUGUCAUUAGAAUCAUAUGAUACUAAACAACCGGAGACCACAAAUACUUAUGAAAGGACUUUAUCUGGUGGUCUUCAGAGUCCGAGAACUGAGGUGCCUAAAACUGCGAUAUUGCAAAGGAUUAACUCAAAGAAGGCAACGAAAUCGUACCAAUUGGGACAUCAGCUGUCACUCAAAUGGUCAACCGGUGCUGGGCCAAGGAUUGGGUGUGUCGCUGAUUACCCACUAGAACUGAGACAACAAGCGCUAGAGUUUGUCAACUUGUUCCAAGAACGCCGAACACCCCUUCACCUUACCUAACUCCAAGAACACCGCGUACCCCAACAACCCCAUCGGCAUACAGGCGUCCCAAUAAUCUUCCACCGAUUGCAACUCGGCCAACACUAAAUGACUCAAACACGGAUGCAACUCCUGGUAUCCAAGCAUAAUAUGAUGAAGUUAUCGUUACGUUUUGAUGCACUAGUGAAUGUAAAUAUGUUUGAUGAUGCUUUUAUAUCAGUUCGGCCUCUUUGGAAUGGCUUUUAGUAUAAAUAAAGAAACACUGUUUCCCUAUGGAAGAUAAA